UGCUUAUAACAUUUGACCCGAGUCAAGCGUGUAGACCAGUAGCGAGAGCACUCUCAAGUGAUCAUUUCAAGUAUUAGUUCACAGAUGGGGUUCAAAGUGUAAUAAAAUCACAGACAGAUUUAUAAUUCAUUCACGAACACAAUUCUAUUAACAUUCUCAUUCUGUCAAACUAAAAAAAAAACAUUCUAAAUAUAAUCGCAACCGCAACAAAACAAUAAAAAAACAUGUGCUUUUAAAAUAAUCUGAUUUGGGUUUGAAAACAUCUAAAACUUUCGGAGUGAUUUCAUUGUUAAAAAAUUCUUAUCUCAAUUCACAAGAUGAAUUUUCCGCAAUGGUUAUGUUUAUCGUAUUGGGCCGUAAUUCUUGGCACGAAUGAAGCUGCUUUACGGCUAAUAUUUACUAUUUUUUUGGGAUAUCCAAACGCAAUAAUUUUUCGCAAAUUCUUUCAUACAAGAUCAAAAUUUUUACGAAAUUUGUAUUGCGCGCUAACUGGACUAAUACUUGGGUACUAUAAUUUUGGAACACAUAUUUUACAUUGUGUGGUAACCGUUUUGGGUACAUAUUUAAUUACACUGAAAAUUGAUGGAAAAUUGGGAGUACUUUGCAGUUGGAUUUGGAACUUGGGAUACUUGUUGGCUGGUUACUAUUGGACGGAAACACAUGACUAUGAUAUUUUAUGGACAAUGCCACAAUGUGUGCUAUGUUUGCGCAUGAUUGGCUUUUCAAUCGAUGUUUACGACUCGUAUUUCAAGGAGUAUCGACAACGGAGCGCUUACAGCUUGAAAAAUAGUGUUAAUCUAUUUCCAAGUUUAACGGAAAUAUUUGGAUUUGCAUUUUUCCCAUCGUCAUUUUUAAUUGGACCACAAUUUAAUUACGCCCGUUACGCGUCCUUCGUUGAAAAUAGUUUUGAUCCUGCGUUUCAUAAUCAACUGCCACCUAGUGUCAAUUAUGCAAUACGUACAUUCUUACGUGGCCUUUUUUAUUUGAUUGUAUCCCAAAUUGGAGCGUUAUGGAUCCCAACCGAUUAUUUGCUAACAUCGGAUUUCGCUAAUUUAUCAAUAAUCACUCGAUUAUUUUAUCUUGGAUGUUGGGGCCGAGCAACUUUGUACAAAUACAUCGCAUGUUGGUUGUUGACGGAAGGUGCAUGCGCCUUGUUUGGUUUAACGUAUAACGGACGUGACAAACAAAAUCCAGAUAAAAUUUUAUGGAAUGGAGUGCAAAAUGUGGAUGUAACACGAUUUGAAACGUGCCACGAAUUUACACAUUACAUCCAAAGUUUCAACUGCAAUACAAACACUUGGGUUGCCGAAAAUGUUUACAAACGACUUAAAGACUUGAACAGCAAAAUGAUCAGCCAAAUUGUUACCCUACUAUUUUUGGCAAUAUGGCAUGGAUUCCAUACUGGAUAUUACGUUACCUUUGUUUUGGAAUUUAUUGUGCUGUAUUUUGAACGUGAAUUUUAUGGCUUGCUGAAAAAACGACCAUAUCUUUUACGCGGUCUUCAAUUCCCAAUACCAAAAUUAAUUUGUUUAGCCAUCAAAAGGAUCUACACUUUGGUCUUUAUGGGCUUCUGUUUGCUACCAUUCGUAUUGCGGGUCUACGAUAAAUAUUCCGUAGCAAUUGCUAACGUCAACUAUGUUGGAUUCAUACUAUUUUGUGCUUGGCCAAUUUAUAAGCCACUUGUACGAUUAUCUUUGAAACCUAUCGAAAAUGCGGUCUUGUCUAUUUGGGGUGAUGUAUUACGAGAAGCAGUCGAAGCGGAGAAACCAAAAGAAAAGUCAAGUCAACCAGCAAAGCAAGAAAAUCAGAAAGCACAGCUGAAAUCAGAAACAAAUUCGGGACUGGGAGCAGGCGUGCGUUAUCGCGGCGACACAUUACAACAACAUUUGGAUCGACUUAAAAGUGAAUUACAUCGAGGCUUGCUUGCAGAGCGCGAUCACUUAAAGAAUGAAUUACAUAUAAGUUUAGAUCGAUUUCUAUCGAUUGAAUCACCAUCGAGUGAAACUAGCUACCAAGAAUAUUGGCGAAAAAUAUUUUUAUUCGAUCAAAAUGGUACCGAACAAUUUGUGCCAAAAUUUCAACUGUCUGAAGACGAGUACACUCAACUAGAAAAACAAUUUACGGAUGAUAUUCAAAGUUUGGGUGUGACGAAUACUCGAGUCAUUUUUAAACGACCUUCGACCUUGAAUAUUCCAAAGACUCAAUCAUCGUCAGAGGCUUUACUGUCAAGUGAACGGAAAGAUCUAUAAAGUUAGGAUUAGGGUUGAGGUUUUGGAUUCGUUUUCAUUGAAUUAAGCUGUCAAAUAUCCGCAUCUGUCUCACCUAUUUUAAGUCGAAUUUUACCGGUUUAUUCAAGGUCCAGAGACUUCAGACCUUUCUAGAUCGAGUCCGUCUGUCUAAUCUCCUGGAUCUCUUCUGGUACACUUCGACUCAAUCACCGUCAGAGGUUUUACUGUAAAGUGAACGGAAAGAUCUAUAAAACUUAGGAUUAGGGUUAAGGUUUAGUUAGGGUUCGUUUUUAUUGAAUUAAGCUGUGAACUCAAAAUUUUAUUUAUUCAAAUAUCCGCAUCUGUUUCACCUAUUUAUUGAUCGUUCGCGUUCAUCAAAAAAUUAUUAAGCUUCGCACGCGUAAAUCAAACAGCUUAGUUCAAUUUUUACCAUUUUUUUUACAUUUAAAUAAAUUAUUUGUUCAUCCAAACAAUUUGUCGCUUAAUCAGAAUAUAUGUUGGCACCAAUACUAGAGAUGGGUGGCGAUGCCCGUUCAAAACUUCGAUUUGACAAGAAAUUCUCAGGUUCUGAUGUCCCAGUCGGAGAAAAUUUUACAUAUGUCAUACAAAGCAUCUAUUGUUCGAAACUGACAAUAGCCUGACGGACACAAUACACUACUUUGGGCGAGAUAUCGUAUUAAACACAAUCGUGGUUUUUGGGUUCGAUCAAAUUGAGUAUUUGUAUAUUUAUCGCCACGCAUAUUUUAGCCUCAUUACUGAACGUAUAUAUUUAGAUUAGCUAGCAUUUUAAUCCUAUCAACUGUUAGACCUAAAUGUAGUUUUUUUGCCCACAACAAAAAUUUACCCUACGUUGGUUUAGCUUCGUCACUUAUGAAUUUCUUCUAUUAAGAUUGACAGAACUUUUUAAAGGUCUGUAGGACGAUUGGAGGGACCGAAUACCCAAAGCGAUUAUUGAUUACCACUAGUAUUCGUUUUACUCAGAUUUCGCGACGAGUUAAGUACUUUGUAUCGGUGCUAACAUAUCUAAACUUUGCUAAAAUAUUUCAAAUAGAUCAAAAUAAAAUAGUCUCAAAUUGUAAAAUCGAUCAUGAAUCUGUGAUAUCAACAAAAUUAGGGCGAGAAUUUUUUCAAAAUUUUCCUAUUUUUCUCAACUAUUUUGAUUUAACACACAUGAACAGUUAGAAAAUUUGAGAUUAGGUGCUAGAAAUAUAUUAUGGUACAUAUUCGAAAAAUGACCAAAGACACUUUCUUGUAUCAUUCCAAAAGACCCAAGGUCUUUUAGCUUCUUCGUGGUACUACAAUCUACAACAAUUUUCAACAAAUUCGGUACUCGAACCUGCACUUCUGGGAUUCAUGCCAAGCGCCAUAGCCAGUUCGGCUAUACGAACUCUAGGCACAGAGUGUAAUUUUUUCAACUCAUCGAAUUUUUUCCUUGGGUUUGGAAAAUUUUUAGCAUUUAUUUAAAACAAAAGUAUUGCAUUUAAAGUCAAUUUUUCCAUUGAUUUUUUUUCUAGUGCCAUAGAAAAAUAAAAAUUACAAAAUAAGCAUCAAAUUUAAAAACAUUACGACAUUCUGGUUUUUUUUUUUUCCUUAAUUAAAGGUGAUUACAAAUUUUGCCACAAAAUUAUCCAAAGUAUAUUACCAAAAAAGAGUAUUGGAUACAUAAAUUUUUUCUAUUGGUAAAACCGUCCUAAU